GCUCAUCUGAAAUAAAUAAACAAUUUAAUUAGUAAGUUAUUGAGUUCUCAGUUUCUCUUCGAAAUCUAAAAACAAUGUUUACUAGGGCAAGUGCAUUAAUAGAUGGACAAAUAUUAUUACCAAAUGCAAUUCAAUUAAUUUUAUCUGUUUAUUUGAAAUAAUUAUUUAUAUAUUAUUAUACUGUUUUGCUAAAAGAACAUAAAAGAUUGCUUAACUGACCAUCUAUUGGGGUAUUAACCUUACUACUUCCUAAUCAUUAGCAUAAUCACUGUAUGUCUGGCCUCGAACAAAAAUAAUAACAUAAAUAAACCAGCUUUUGCAAACGCUUAGUUUCUGUAUUAAUGUUAUGGCGACAGUUUUUAAUGGCUACCUAUGGUCGGUAGCUUAUCGGCUAAAGGUCACAGCUCAUUAGAGCCACCCCGCACCCGACCCUCACCGCCUCGUCGCUAGGCGUCCACUCGUAGUCGGCAGGUGGACCACGGGUGGACGCCGCGUUGUCACCAGUGAACCUCGCGUGGUCAUCGAGUGGACAUCGCGUCGUCAAAAAGUGGACCUCGCGUGGUCAACGAAUGAACCUCGCGUGAUACACGAAUUUCCGAGUAGUCUACCAGCGAUUGGCCCUAGGUGUGCACGUGCUUUCAGUGAUGUCAAAUUUUACCCUUCGUGAAUUGGCCCUCAUAGCUGUCAGUCUUGAUGAUGAUGAAAAUGAAAGACGGAACAAAAAAAAGAAAGCUUAUUGGGUGCACGAAAUGUUUAAAGAAAGAAAAAAAGAGGGUGAAUAUUGGACCUCUCGUAGGCAUUUGUUAGCUGACGAGAGCAAAUUUUAUUCAUACUACCAUAUGCCAAAAAGUGCGUUUUAUUACAUCCUAUCUUAUAUUGAGGACUCAAUAACAAAGAAAAACACUACGUUCAGAGAAGCGAUCACACCCGAAGAGAAAUUGGCUGUGACUUUAAAAUAUAUGGUGAGCGGCGCUUCGGUUAGAACUUUAUCUACAAGCUUCAGAUUAGGUGAAACGACUAUUAGAUCAAUAAUAAAGGAAGUGUGCAAAGCUAUUAUUGACAAAAUGAUGGGUGUUUAUAUGCCUACGCUUACAGCUGAAGAUUGGCUAAAAAUCGCGGAUGGGUUUAAUGCCAGGUGGAAUUUUCCUAACUGCAUUGGUGCAAUAGAUGGCAAGCAUAUAAAUAUAAUAGCACCGCCCAACAGCGGAUCGCUCUACUACAAUUACAAAAAACAUUUUUCGAUAGUUCUCUUGGCCAUAGUUGAUGAUAGAUAUAGAUUUACUGUUGUUGACAUAGGCGCAUAUGGUAAAAACAGUGACGGUGGAAUUUUUGCAUCUUCAAAACUUGGAAAACGAAUUCAAAAUAAUAGCUUAAAUAUACCAGAUGAUAAAAUAUUGCCCGGGACAAACAUAGCACUUCCACAUGUUUUUGUGGCAGAUGAGGCUUUUCCAUUACAAAAACAUGUAAUGAGGCCAUAUCCUCGUUCUCGGACUCCGUCUCAGGACCAAAAAGAAUUUAACAAUCGCCAGUCACGCGCACGUAAAGUAGUCGAAGAUGCUUUCGGAAUAUUAUACCAAAAAUUUGAAAUAUACAACAAAAAUAUUCGUCUAAAUCCAGACGUUGUUGAUGAUGUUGUAUUGACAACCUGUAUAUUGCAUAACGUAAUGCGAACUUAUAAUAUCGAACGCAAUGAACAGUAUGGUUCCAGUCGCAGGCCAGCGGCGCGGGCGGCGGCAUUCAGUGAUCUACGUCAUGUAGGUGGAAACGGUACCGCUUAUUAAUUUAUUAUUAUUAUUAUAUUUUAAUUAUCACGCACGAAUUGUCAUAUACAUUACAAAGUUAGUACAAGCUUUUAAAUAUUAAUUGUAACUCACCAUUUUUCUCAAGCCUAUAAGCCGAAAUGUCUCGACCGUAGGGGCACCCUCUUUUAUAUAGGGGGCCAGUGCAACAAGAAGCUGCAUCACAAACAUGUUUAAGCCAGUUAGUAACAAUUACGUGCUCAAUAUUGCGCGAUACGCUUAUCGCUUUGGGUUUUUCUACAAAAUAUUUUUCGCGCAUUAGCUCUAUUCGCGUAAGCCGGGGUCACGGGAUCAGCAUUUGGUGAUAACAAUUGUUGUUAAUGGUAAUCAUUACUCAUUACUCUAAUUACCAACGAAUUUACAUCUAUUUUAUCAUCAAAACAAAAGAUGCGUAUAGACAAAAGUUUGCUCGCUGUUAAGUGAAAGGCAAUUGGCGUUAAUGAACCAAUGAUUUACUCUAUUGUCUCUAGUACCAUCAAUCUGGCAGCUUAGUCUAGCACUUUUGAGUCUAUUUUUACUCAAGUGUGUCGACUGAGCGGCUCAUUGCGACCUAGCGGCCAAUUGUCCAACCUUGUCAAUCAAAUGCGGUAGCUGUUCACCGUUUUUGUUCAUAACUUAGAAAGCUAUAAAACUUACUCCAUGUACACUAUAAAUUCUUGUUUAAAUACUUAUCUAUCUACCAUCUAUUCGUCCUUUUAAUUCAUACAAAAGUAUAAUUUUAGCCUACUGGGUUCAAACCCGUGGGUGAACUUAAUAGGCAUUACAUUGAACAAACAUUCCAUACGCAUUAAAGUGAAGAAUUUCGCCAUGUGAGCAUAAAGUACAAGGGAAUUAAAAAAGGAAGAAUAAGGAAAAGACGGAGCUACUCUUUUACCUAGUGGGAAUUUUUCUGGAACAAAAAUAAUAAUUGCCCAGACUGAGAAUCGAACCCACAUCUCCCGGUUAUGCGCUAAGAGCUCUGCCACGUUUGCUAUCCCAGACAAGUAUCCAACGCUUUAUUUCGUCAGUUAAAUAAGAGAGCCCAUAUGAGAUCUGGAAGUUGUAAAUUACGUAAAGAAAGGAAAAUUAUUUUAUUAAUUAUUUAUUAAAAUAACAUAAAAGAUUACAAUACUAAGUAUCUAUUACUACAGCUUACAUCCUAGUAAUUAACAGUUAUAUUAAAGUAAUAAUAAAAAUAUCAACAAUGCUACAAAUUUCAUAAAAAACACAGAGCCCAUCUUUUGACUUUGAAAUUUAACCUGUUAAGCAGGUAUUAAAGUAGUUUUCAUAACAUAAAUUAUAAUAUUCAUUGUAUAAGAGUAGGUAUAUAUUGGGCAAGGUAUCCCAUUCGCAAAAUGAAUAAAAUUUGUAGUAAAUAAUCAAACAGUUUGAUUUAUUUUUUUAUUCUCUAUCAUACACCUUAAAUAUUCAUGCCAUUCACUAAGACACAAAUAAUAAAUUAAUAAAACACCGAAUUCCUUUUUAUAAAAUUUAUUAGAUCAUAAUUACACAAAUAAAACAUACAUAUAUAUAAAAUUUCACGACUAAACUUUUUAUUAACAAUUCUAUAAACUAAGACUGUAACCAGUCAACUUUUUUGAUAUCUUAUUUACAACACCUUCGGUACACUCAAUAUUGUCGUCUUUAAUAAAUACAGUUUAAGUAUAAGUAAGUACAGAUUGUCCCACGACUUUUCCACACGAAAACAAAGAACGAAGAUAUAAUAUUUUGCUCUAAGGAUAAGGACGUUUGCCAGACGUUUUACACGUGCAGCCUGUGGGUGAGAUUCACACAGAAGGCCUAUAAUACACAGCGUUUGCAAUACAACAACGUCCUUAGAAUGCUGUUGAGGCGACCUAAACACUGCAGCGCAUCGGGCAUGUUCGCCGAGGCUAGAACCGACGACUUUUUUGCCAUAAGGCGAAAAAAAAUUGCCUCACUGCUUGGGAGAGUGCGCGGAAGCAGCAACAGCAUGCUAAGGACGUUGGCCGAUCGCCUCGGCUGCCCGCUCACAAAAUACUGGGUUAAUGUGAUUAUUGGGAGGGACAAAUAGGGUAAGACCCAAUACCUACUAGGUUAAGUUUCCUGUAGAUAUAUAUUUAUUCAUAAGACUAACAUAGAUUUUUAAGAAGCUACUAACCAAUUUCUAUGGAUUAUGGUCCGAAAUAAACAAUUUUUAUUUUA